UAACUUUGGUACCACCUCUGCUGAUAGGAGCCAGAGCGUUUAAAAGCACAGAGCGACAGAGACAGACGUGACAGACUACACAUCCACGCUGCGGUCAUGAUCUCCUAUUCCUCCCUGUUCGUCCUCCUCCUGGGCGUGUCCCUGUCCUUUGCUCAGGUGAAGAUCUUUAACCUGCGUGCCAGCGACCUGCCCUCUGACCUGCUGGGCAUUACAGACGGCUACGUCAAGGUAUUCUGUGGCCCUGCGGCGCUCGGGGAGACCACGGUGAAGGACAACAACGCCAACCCCUGGUGGGAGGAAGAGUUCACCUACUUCAAGGCCCAGGAGAACGAUGUGCUGCGGCUGGAGGUGUUCGAUGAAGACUUCCUGAUCCACGACCUGCUCGGAGUGUGCCAGCGCAAACUCAGAGUGGGCUCGUACAAACACGACUGCUAUCUGGAGAAGGGAGGAACACUGCAUUAUGAAUACACACUCAGUGCUCCAGUUCAGAACUGAAGGGGUGAGAUGAGA